AGAGUUACCUACUUAAAAGAGUACAUGUUCCAUUGUUUUAUUUUAAGGAAAACAUAUUGCCAUGUCAGACCGCUAUAAAAUCUUUUACUUCUAUUUUCAUUUGUUAUUCAACUAAAACGAACCAAUUUUAGAAAUAACAACCUAGGUACAGAAAGUAAAUUAAUUCCUUAGGCACUUUUUAAUUUUAAAUUGGUUUUAAACUAUGAAGAAAACAUGGCGAGAAGCUGCUACACUUAUUGUCGUUGCACGAGAUUCAUCUAAAAAUAUAAAGUUUGAUUACAAAGUGCUGAUUUUCAGGAGAACUGAUAAAACUAGUAUGCUUCCUGGUCAUGUCUGUUUUCCUGGUGGUACAAUUGACAAAACAGACGAAACAAAAGAUUGGGAAAAGUUUUUAAAGGAUCGACAGAUACCAUUUGAGAAACUUAAACCGGAUCCAGGUGCCAAAAAACCUUUAAUUUUUGACGAUGUAGAAGGAAAAUUGAAACGAGAUAUCUCGUUACGAUUAACAGCAAUUCGUGAAACUUUUGAAGAAUUGGGAAUCAUUAUUUGUCACAAUAAAGAUAAGGACGGAACUUUAACGCCCUUCUCCACUUUUUAUCAUACAAAAUCUUGUGAUAUUCCCAUUUGGCAAUGUAAAAUUCACGAUCAUCAGUUGUCAUUGUUAAAAUUUUGUGAAAACUUCAACUUAACGCCUGACAUAAUGAACAUUCAUGAAUGGAGUUGUUGGAUGACUCCAACUAAUUUCGGUCGACGUUUUGAAUCUGUCUUCUUUUUUGCAGCUUUAAAUGAAAUUCCACCAACAUAUCCAGAAACACAUGAAGUGCAAGAUUUUUAUGUAUCUAAGAAUGGCAUCAUUCAUGUCUACCCUGGUGAUGAUCUUUAUCCCGAAAACCCAAAUUAUUAUAAAACAAAUCAUGAUAUUUCCAAAUAUGAUGAUAAAACUGUUGAUGAACUAAGAGCAAUGACUAAAAGUCUCUCACGAACAGAACAGCAUGGAUUUUUUGGAGUGAAAACAAUCGCAAAUAUUCCGUCGACUGAUGGUCACAUUCCAUUGAUGAAGAAACCAUGGCGUGAAGCAGCAACAUUGAUGGUCAUUGCACGAGAUGUGGCAAAAAAUGUUAAAUUUGAUUAUAAAGUGUUAACAUUUAAAAGAACGGAAAAAAGUAGUUUUAUGCCAAAUGGAAUUUGCUUUCCUGGAGGUGCCAUUGAUAAAAAUGACGAAAUCAAAGACUGGACUAGGUUUUUUGAAAAUCAUAAAAUUCCAAUUCAUGAUUUGAGAAAGAAGUUGGAAGUGAAGAAGCCAUUGAUAUACAAUACAGUUGAAGGGAAGUUAGAAAGAGAACUUUCAUUACGUAUAACUGCUAUUCGUGAGACUUUCGAAGAACUUGGUGUUAUUAUUUGUAGAGAUCCAUCGAAACCUUCAAAUUCACCAUUCUCCAGCUUUUACCAAUCAAAAGACUUUGACAUUGUUUCAUGGCAGAAGAAGAUUCAUGAUGAUGAAAUCUCACUACUGUCAUUCUGUCAGAAGUUCAAUCUUAUGCCUGAUGUAAUGAAAAUUCAUGAGUGGAGUUGUUGGUUAACGCCAACAUGUUUUCGACCGAAAAGAUUUGAAACAAUUUUCUAUCUUGUAGCGUUAAAUGAUAUUCCACCGAUUCUUCCAGAAUGUCACGAAGUUCAAGAUUAUCAAUGGGAAACACCGGAUGAAUACCUUCGAUUAUACAAAGAGAAUCAACUUUGGCUGCCACCCCCGCAAUUUGUGGAAAUGAGAAGACUUAGUACGAUAAAAAGCAUUGAUAAACUUGUCGAAAUUGCUAAAGGAAGAAAAGACCAAGAAAUGGAAACAAUUCUUCCAUAUCAGUUUAAAGCUAAAGAUGGAUCUAUUCAUGUUUUACCUGGAGAUGAUUUGUACCCUGAAAAUCCUGACUUUUAUGAAUGUAGUUACGAUAUUAACAAAUAUUCCGAUAAGACUCUUGAAGAAAUGCGAAGUAUUGCUAAAAAUCUUCUUCGUGCGGAACAAAAUGAUUUGCAUAACGUGAACUUAUUUUCAAACAUCACUCCCAAAGAUGGUCACAUCAUGAUCGCUUCGGACUGAAAUAAUUAAUCAAACUUUAAAGUAAAAAAAAGAAUCCUUAAUAAAAUAGAUUU